GCAGCAACAGCAGCGUUGUGUCCGGCCGUAAACCAGCGAAUCUUGCUGCAAAAACAACAAUUUCUCAAUCUCAUCCCUUUCUUCCCUAACAUGUAUAAACUACAGCUACUUAAUCUGUUUCUCAAUGAAAAAUUAAUCGCAGUUCCUUUGGAGAUAUCCGUGGCAGUUAAAAAAACGAUAGCAGAGCACCAGGAAGAAAUCUGCCGUUUGAGACGGGCGAAUGAACGUUUACGAAGAAUCCUGGAUUUGGUUUUCAAACCAGAGAUAAAGUUGCAUAGAUUAGCAGACCUCCAGCAAUUCACUCUUCCUGAAGAGGAGGUUAAUUGUGGCCAGCAGCACUGUGAGCAGGAAUGGAGUGCCAAUCUGGGGCCGGUGGAAUCUGAUGCCGUAGAGUCUAUAUGGGACUCUAUCAACAUCAUAACGGUACAGAACCAAACAGAAUCAGAAGACGAGAGCAACAGAGAGUCCCAAUCAACCAGUGACUAUCAGCCCCACUCUGAUGUAAACCCAGACAGUGACAAUGAAAAAGUGGAUGGAGUGGUGAGCAGAAUACCACCGUCAAGGUCAAAGAGGGGAAGAGGACGGCCAAGGAAACACACCGGUGAGUCACCUGAUCUGAAAUGUGACGUGUGCGGGAAAUUAUUGGCGACAGCAGCUAAUCUGAAAAGGCAUCAGCAAAAUCAUCACCGUGAAGAGAGACCAAGAAAAGAAACCAGUGGAUUGCCUGAUCUAAAAUGUGACGUGUGUGGAAAAUGCUUUACGGCAGCACGUAGUCUGAUGAGGCAUCGGCGGAAUCGGCACAGUGAUGAGAGACCAUACAUGUGCGACACAUGUGGACAAUGUUUCACCCUGAACUGCUACCUGACCCGGCACAUGAAGCGUCACACGGAGGAGAGACAACAUUGCUGCACCGAAUGUGGCAAAUGUUUCUUUCACCAAGAGAACCUGGAAAAUCAUAUGGGUGUUCAUAGAGGGGGGGAUUUUAAAUGUGAUGUGUGUGGGAGAUGCUUGACGACAAAAGGUGGUCUGAAAUUUCAUCAGAAAAAGCACACGGAACAGAAAACGCAUCGGUGUAAAGAAUGUAGCAAAGCCUUUUUCUGCAGGUCAAACCUGAAAAAGCAUAUGAGGAUUCACACGGGGGAGAAACCAUUUUGGUGCAAAGAAUGUGGCAAAUGCUUUGGUGAGAAUGGAAGCCUGUCAAAGCAUAUGAUGACUCACACCGAGGAGAAACCUCAUCGCUGUAAUGAAUGUGGCCGAUGCUUCGGUCUGAAGGGAAACCUGACAGUUCAUAUGAGGACUCAUAGAGGUGAGGGAGUGCAAUGUCAUUUGUGUGGAACUCACUUGAAGUUAGCUUCAAGUCUGAAAAGACAUCUGCGAACUCACAGAAAGACUAUUCAUAAUGACUGAGAACGUGUAAAAAUCCUUUGUGUAAAAUGUGUUAGUUGAAAGAUAGAAUAUUAAGAGGACAUACCCCUCAGGUCACUGCUCAUGGUUAAAAGUACUGUCUGAAGUCUGGGAAUCUGUUCAAUGGUAAAUUCCAUUAAUAUAGUUGCCUAUUAAGGCAUCAAUCAUGAGCUAAGCACAAAUGUUUUACUUUAUGUUGGUUACUUUUUGAAAAUAAUUUGGGUAGAGCCCAGAGAAAGGAUGUUUAUCCAUUGUUCUUUGUCAGGUAGCGAUGUAGCCCACAUAAUAGACACAUUAUUUUAACUUCUAUGGCACUUUUCAUGGCCGAAAAAAAUCUGGGUAGCCUAAUUGCAGUUGAGGCAGUGGUGUGGUCAAUUCUAGGGAUGGGCAUUUGAAAGUUAUGAAAAUGAUCGAGUACUCGCAUGUUUGUGUGAAACAAGGCUGAAGGCAACAACAACAAAAAGUCUGCAGUAUGCUAUCGGUUGUUCCAAAUACAAUUGAAAAUGACAUUUUAACAUAUUUUCAUUGCACUUGACAUAAUUUCAGGAAAUUGAAAUUGCUUUUGGAAUGUCAGUUGGUAUGGAAUGCCUCAAAGUGACUGAAUUUAAGUGAAAUUUAUCCCAACCCGAGUCAUAGUAAGUUGUGUAGCACCCAUGGCGAUACUAUAUACUUUAAUACUUAUUACAUUUCUGUUCAAUUGUUAUCAUUUAAUUAUAUGGUAGCACCACUUGAGGCAGGAGUCUAAAGACACAUUGGAAACGUCAUUAUUCCAUAACACCAGGAUUGUCCUCUCCACAGGAGAGACUAUGGGGACUUUUCUGACCAGCAUACAGAUUACCUUAUCGAAUACUUGCCCAUACUUUAACAAAAGCCUUUACCAAACCCUUAACCCUAUUCAUUAACAAAGUUCUCUUCCAGAAAUGACAUUUUUUGUUUAAACUGACUGGUUUUGUAUUAUAGGGACUGGACCCUGGUUUUAUGGACACACAAACUGAUACAUUCUAACUGCAGGUGAUAUUGGGAGAGUAUGUACAUUAUCCUGUGCUUGCUACAUGGCCGCAUGUACUAUUAAAUCUCUACCUGGCCACCAAUCGGAGCCUGGUUCCUCUCUAGGUUUCUUUCUAGUUUCCUGCCUUUUAGGGAGUUUUUCCUCACUACUUUGCUUCUGCCUCUGCAUUUCUUGCUCAGUGGGGUAUAAAGCUAGGUAACUACUGUAACUGUAAAGCACUUUGACAACUGCUGAUGUACAUUUACAUAUACAGCACAUUUGAGUAGGAUGGAUUUACCCACCACUACUUAUGUGUUUUUAUUCUUAGAUUUAUUUUAAAUGAGUUUUUAUUUUUAGGUAUCUGAUCUGUGCUCUUUAAGAUCCUAUUCUGCAUGUUUUAUUUUCUUUUGAUAUUGAACAGUGCAUUGUUGAGAAAGAGAUUUUAAAUAAGCAUUUCCCUGGAUUGUGUUAGAAUUUACACCUCUUAUAUCCUGUGCACCAGACAAAAUAAACUUUUGAUUUGAUGUUC